ACAGAAAAAGUCAUAUAGAAAACCACAUCAUUAUGGUUACCAAGCCGUGACGUUCUCUCCCUCAGAAUUUGUGGAUGCAUCCUAAUUGGACUGAGGCCACAGUGAUUAAGCCGGGUACUCACUUGCAGAGUUGCAGGCAAAAAUGAUCUCAGAAUGACAAUUCUUCCACAACAUGAUGGAGGCCAGUGUUUUCAAAUUCACAACCUGCCUAUAAGUAAUUUCAGGAAUCGAUCUUUAGAAGAAAAAAAGUAAUAAUUUGAGGGAGUCUCCAGAUCCAGGGCCGUCGCAAACAACUUGUUUACUCCUUUCUAUUAUCUCUCUUUAUGGAAGUUCUAGGGUUUCCUACUGCCGAUCCUUAAUCAAAGAGAAGAAAAAGACUACUGAAAUCAAGUUUUGUAUCUUUUGAUUCUUGAACUUGAAGUGAUCAAACAUUGAUUCCAAAUCCAAUCAUGGGUCCAUUUAGAAGAACAAAAUGCAAGAGUGGUGCUGCUAAAAAGAAGGCGAAGGCAAGAGCCGAAAAACUUAAGAAUUCUUUACGAGGAGCAAUGAAUAUGUAUUUGGUUUCAAAUAAUAACAUCGAUGAAGAAACAAUGAUUGAUAUUGAUGAAGAAUGGGAAAAUUUGGUUACUGAGAUGGAAACAAAUGGUGAUUUGUUGUUGAAUGAUGAGAAUGCACAUAGGCAGAAUGAAGAACCAAUGGGACAAGAAUUUUCACCACCAAAUGCAAAUGAUAUCCAACAAGAUGAAGAGCCAAGUGGGGAAGAAUUAUCAUCAUCUGAUACAAAUGAGGUUGUGCAAAAUGAAGUUGAACAUGAAGAAUAUGGACCAGUGAAUAUCUAUGAUCCAGGAAAUUGGGGUAACAAUAUUAACCGCAGUUUGAGAGAUAUUUUGGUAAAGAAAGGUCCAAUAAGAGAAAUAGAUAAGAAUUUUCGGUUUCCUAUUGAUAAGUAUAAUAGAUGCUUCAAUGAUGAUCACUACAUAUGGAAGAUGGAGAAUGGGGAAUGUUGGGACAGGAAAUGGCUAGUGUAUUCAAGUACUGUGGAUAGAGUUUUUUGUUUUUUCUGCAAGUUAUUUAAACAAGAUGGAAAAAAAGUUUCAGUUGGAUACAAAGGGUUCUAAAGAUUGGAAGAAUAUUAGUGCUAAACUUAGUAGUCAUGAAACUUCUUCAAGACAUAUUAUAAAUCUUAUUAAGUAGGUUGAACUGGAAAAUAGAUUGCAGAAGAAGGUAACCAUCGACAAGGAGAUGCAAGAACAGAUCAAGAAAGAAAAGGAUUAUUGGAAGCAAGUCUUGAUAAGAAUAGUGUCUCUUGUUAAAACUCUUGCUAAGAAUAAUUUGGCUUUCCGUGGAGAUGUCGACAAGAUUGGAGAAGCACAUAACGGUAAUCUUUUGAGCUUUAUUGAAAUGAUUGCUGAAUUUGAUUUGGUAAUGCAAGAACAUCUUAGGCGUGUCAAAGAUCAUGACAUUCAUCACCAUUAUAAUGUUGAUCAGUUGCGUUCUCUUGAUGAUGAUAUCUUAAUGGAUUCUUGUAUCAAUCUCGAAAAUCAUCUAAAGCAUGGUACGAGUUCAGAUAUUAAUGGGCAUGACUUGUAUGCGGAAUUCAAAGUUUUACAAAGUUAUCUGCCAGCAGAAACCGGUAAAGCAAUUGAAGUUUUGAAUUUCUUAAAGGAUAUGGAAGGUUGCUACCCAAAUGCGUUUAUUGCAUACCGAAUCUUAUUGACAAUUCCAGUCACAAUCGCCUCGGCCGAACGAAGUUUUUCUAAGUUGAAGUUGAUCAAGAAUUAUCUCCAACGAUGUCACAAGAAAGGUUGAAUGGGUUAGCAAUGUUAUCUAUUGAAAUUGAGAUGUUAGAUAACAUUGAUUUUGAUAGUAUAAUUGAAUAUUUCGCUUCGGAAAGGGCAGGAAGAUCAAUUUUUAUCAUGAGAUAAAGUAUUUGCUUUGUGAUUUUAGCCUUUUUUUGGCAGUAACGUUUGACAAUCUGUAAUAAUUUAUAUCAAACCG